AACAGCAGAGUUAUUUUUGCUUUCAACUCACACUGACCAGUCACUUCAAAUCAAGACAAGUCCAGAGGGAUUAUCUCUGACAUGAUGCUGCUUCAAUAAGAUCCAAACAUGCCGUGCGGCUUGGUGAAGUCCUUUCUGGGGAGCCUGUCUCGGAGGAAGCCUCUGGAGCCCGACGGGGAAGAGUCCACAUUUAACCGAUGCCUGACCACUCUGGAUUUAGUGGCCCUGGGUGUGGGCAGCACCCUGGGGGCCGGGGUCUAUGUCCUGUCUGGUGAGGUGGCCAGAGACACAGCUGGACCCAGCAUCAUCAUUUCGUUUUUCAUCGCCGCUCUGGCCUCUAUAUUCGCGGGUCUGUGUUAUGCAGAGUUUGGAUCCCGGGUUCCCAAAACAGGCUCUGCAUACCUGUACAGCUAUGUGACUGUUGGGGAACUGCUGGCUUUCAUCACUGGAUGGAAUCUGUUACUUUCUUACGUCAUAGGGACGUCCAGCGUUGCGCUGGCAUGGAGCGGGACAUUUGAUGACCUCAUAGGGGGCGUUAUAUCAACUUACUUAGAAGAAAAUGCAGCCAUGGGCCUUCCUGGUCUGGCACCUUACCCUGAUGUCUUUGCUGCGGCUCUUAUCAUAUUACUGUCAGGUUUGCUGGCCUUUGGAGUGAAAGAGUCAACAACAAUAAACAAGAUCUUCACAGCAAUCAACAUCCUGGUGCUGUUGUUUGUGACGAUCUCUGGAUUCAUCAAUGGAGACAUCGCCAAUUGGGAAAUCAGCGAAGAGACUCUGAUAAAAGCCACAGCAGAAUUCAAAAACCUGAGUUCCACUGCCAAUGUAACAAGUAUGUAUGGAGUAGGAGGGUUUUUCCCUUAUGGCAUCUCUGGGACCUUGGCUGGAGCUGCAACAUGUUUCUAUGCUUUCGUUGGAUUUGACUGCAUUGCAACAACAGGUGAGGAGGUGAAGAACCCUCAAAAGUCUGUCCCUAUAGGCAUUGUGGCCUCACUACUCAUCUGUUUCUUGGCCUACUUUGCUGUGUCGGCUGCUCUCACUCUGAUGAUGCCGUAUUACUUGCUUGACGAGAAAAGCCCGCUGCCAGUGGCCUUUGAGUACGUUAACUGGGGUCCGGCCAAAUAUGUCGUGGCCGUGGGAUCACUGUGCGCUCUGUCCACCAGCCUGCUGGGUUCCAUGUUCCCAAUGCCCAGGGUGCUGUUUGCCAUGGCCAGAGAUGGUUUGCUUUUCCAGUUCCUGAGCAAAGUCACUAGCAAAGGCAGUCCUGCUUUAGCUACAAUAUCAUCUGGAAUUGUGGCAGCCAUCAUGGCUAUGCUGUUUGACUUGGAGGCCUUGGUGGAAAUGAUGUCCAUCGGCACUCUGUUUGCUUACACACUCGUGGCCAUAUGCAUUCUGAUCCUGAGGUACCAGGCUAGUCCAUCAGAAGACACAGAUCCGCAGAACAUAGAAUCAAAUAAGAAAUUUGGUUUCUUGAGGCCUCCAUCGUCGCCCACCUCUGCAACUGCAAGAACUGUCACGAUCUUGACAGUAAUUGCUGUUUUGUGUGUGAUUUCACUGUGCGCCCUCCUGGCUCAAGCCAUGGACUCUCUGGUCCGUUUGGAAGCGUGGAGUCUGGUGCUUGUUUGCAUCCUCGCCCUCAUGAUACUAGUCAUCACUUUCAUCAUCUGGAGGCACCCGCAGAAUCCUACCAAGGCUACGUUUAUGGUGCCUUUACUCCCUGCUCUGCCUAUAUUGAGUACACUCAUCAAUGUCUACUUGAUGGUGCAGUUAGGCGGAGACACUUGGUUAAGAUACGGUAUUUGGAUGUUAGUGGGAUUAUUAAUUUAUUUCUGCUACGGGAUUCGUUGCAGUGUUCAGAGGAAGCGUCACCACGGCAACCAGAUGGGGAUUCAAACCAUCAGUGACAAAAUAGACUCCAAGCAGUCGAUCAAAACAUACAUCAUUACAGAAGAGAAAUUCUGAGCUUGUUUGGAGCUGAGAGAGUCUCAGUGUGAGUCCCUGUGUAUCUACACUCGAAGUGCAGAUGGACAAACUUGAUGGAGUUUGUAAAUUAUACUAAUAUUGUUGUCCCCAUCAUGUUUGGACUCAAUAACAUUAAAGGAGGAAAGAACAGGAACAUUUUGUAAAGUUGUGUGUAGGAAUCAUUAAAGAUUUGUGAGCACACAUUGAAAAAAG